AUUGUCUCUUUCAGACGCAUUUAGGAUUUGACACAGUUUGUUCAACACUUCAUCAACAAAGUGAACAUCUGCAGCAAGGACAGUUUUCAGAAACAACAUCCUUUUACGUGAUUGAAGCAUUUGCAGCAUGACAGAGGUGAUGAACACACGGGAACCUGUGAUGGAGGAAUUUGCGUUAAGCCAGUCUCCUGAGGAAGAAGGAGGACCUUCCACCCAGGCCUUCCCAGACUCACGUGAGAAAUACCCCAAGCUGACCAAAAGACUGCCGUCGAUCGUGGUGGAGCCCACCGAGUCGGGCGAGGUGGAAAGCGGGGAGCUGCGCUGGCCACCCGACGACCUCAAAUCAGCGGAGGAAAAGGGUUUCCUUGGUGACCAAAGAGUCUGCGUCCAGCAGCAGCAGAUGGAUCUGGAAGAUACUUUAGCACAUCCAGCUCAAGAAGUGGAAGAUGAUACAGAUACUCUGGAAAGCAGAACUGAAAAGGAUGAGUAGGAACUCCGUGGCCUCAGAAGUGAAACUUCAUUGUGAAUGUUGUUGAAAAGCUAACACAUUCUGAAGAAAUGUCAAAGUAAUCUGUAUUUACAUCUGCAAGGGUUUUAUUUAGUUAGUACCUGGUAAGAAGUGUAUAGGCUUUAGAACUGUUCUUUUGAACAUUUUGAUUUUCAGGCUGGGAUUCAUUUUUGUUUAAUUUUUCCUUGGGAAAUAAUGGGACACAUUAGGAAAUACAUUGCAGACAUGAUGAGAUUAUAAAGGAAAAACGCACCUAGUUUCAAUAAGUACAUUUCAUUGGAUUUACCUUUUUUAAGCAGGGUUGCUUUCAGAUAUCAACAGCAGGACAAAGGGGUUAUAUUUCUACAGAAGGGAUGUCUUAAAUCUAAAACCUUUCUUGUUUUUAGCCAUUUAAAACUAGCACUGUGAUAUUAUGGACAAUAGAUGUAAUAUAAUGUCACCAUUUAAUUUUGUAACUUUUGUAUAGAGAUGCAAGUGUAAGAUUUGCCUACAUUGCCACAUGCAGGAACUUCCAGGUGUGGAUUAGAGCAGUUGUCUCCCUUUGAUUAACCUGUGCAAAUUCAGAUGAACCAGCCUUUUAUUAACUGUCUUUUCAAUAAGGUUCAGAAGUUUUAGAAAUACUUUCUUGCUGUACAUUGAUGAACUGGAAUAGCUAGUCACUGGUGUUUGUGGAGUGAGACUGUUUGUUGUAGACUUGGUUGGGUGGAUCGUGCUGUUUGUGCACACUUUGUGGCCCGGAUCCAGCUGUGGCGUAACGUGCUCUGCUCUCAACUGAAGUCAGGAGAAACGGCUCCUGCUUCCGCCAGGGCUGAAUUUGUCCCACUUUGUUAGUAGAAGUUGUUAUGAGUCUUCUUUCAGUAUGUUUUGUGCAUAAAACAAGUGCAGAGGCCCGG